AUGGGCUUAUAUGCGUUGCUGACAACUAAGACUUUCAGGACAAAAGCAGGCUUUCAGGACGAAGAUGCCCCCACAAUAAUUUGGUACCCUUCAGUCAGAAAGUAUGUGAUUUUGCCUAGUCCUAAUAUUAAGAACAAUUUUGAGGGUGCACAAACCUAUAUUUUUGGCUAUGAUUCUCAGACCAAUGACUACGAGGUCUUGAGAAUUGUUACUGUGAGGAAUUCUUUGUUAGGGGUCGAGGUUUACUCCUUGGCCAAGAGACGUUGGACAUGUCUUAGUGCUGCUGCAACUUCUGUUUUUCCUGCUUAUUUGUGCGCGUCGUUCUUGAUUAAUUUUUUUAUUGAUGCUAUGCAUUGGAUUCUACCCCGUGACAGAGAUCCCCAACAUCUCAUGGUGUCGUUUGAUUUCAGCACUGAAUUAUUCCACGAGAUCGAGAUGCCUGAAGAUUUUGGAACAACAGAUUGGGGGGCCAUAGUGGUGGAUUUCAAGACUGAAAAAGAAAUGGCUGCAACUGCUCUAGAUGGCUACCCAUCAAUGAAUCCUUUCGUAGAGAGUCUCAUCUUACUUAGCCAGUCCAAUGUUGUUUCCUACUAA